CUGUUACAUAACAGAGUCCAUUGUGUGUGUCUGUCAGCAUGAUACUUAUAUACAAGCUGGACUGUGGUGAAACACAAACAGUGAAGAGGCAUUCAGGAGCACUCCUCUCUCACACCUCUCUCGUUCAGACUGUAGCUCACUCUCCUGAUCAUGUGGCUGUACAACCUUUUGCCGGGCCUGGAUCUUAAGGGGAUCUUACUCUUCCUCUCAAUCUUCAUCCUCAUCGCUGACUUCCUGAAGAGCAGAAACCCACCCAAUUAUCCCCCUGGACCGCUGGCUCUACCUUUCGUAGGAAAUAUCUUCAACAUUGACACCAAGAAGCCACAUAUCUACUUGACCAAGCUGGCUGAUGUCUACGGGAACAUAUUCAGUAUGAGUUUGGGCAGAGACAGAAUGGUGUUUGUGACAGGGUACAAGAUGGUGAAGGAGGCCUUGGUGACACAAGGUGAAAACUUUGCCAGCCGGCCAUACAGCCCAAUGUCUGCAAGAGUCUAUGCAGGAAACUAUACAGCUAUGUUUGUGUCUACUGGUCUCUUCAUGAGUAACGGCCUGCCAUGGAGGAAGCAAAGACGGUUUGCCUUGUCCAGCCUGAGAAACUUUGGCCUGGGAAAGAACUCAAUGGAGAGGGUCAUCUGUGAGGAGAUUUGUUACCUACAAGAGGAGAUCGAGAAGGAGACAGGUGGAGCAUUCUACCCUGCAUCCAUGUUCAACAAUGCAGUGGCCAAUGUCAUCUGCCAGAUGGUGUUUGGGAAGAGGUUUGACUAUGAAGACCACAACUUUCAGAUCAUGCUGAAGUGCUUGAACGAGGCUAUCCGUAUAGAGGGAUCCACGUGGGGCCGGCUGUAUGAAGCAUUUCCCGCACUGAUGGAUCGUCUCCCAGGUCCUCACAACACCAUGUUCAGCCAUUACAAGGCCCUGGGGCAAUUCAUCCAGGAGGAUGUGGAGAGACACAAGCAGAACCUAGAUACGAGCAACCCCAGGGACUACAUAGAUGCCUUCCUCAUCGAGAUGGAGAACCCCCAGCACUCCAAGGAGGAUGGAUUCCAGGAGACCAACCUGGUGCUGUGCUGUCUGGACUUGUUCUUGGCUGGCAGUGAGACAACCACCACCACACUGCUCUGGGCCCUGAUCUUCCUCAUCAAAUACCCACACAUUCAGGAGAAGGUACAGGCUGAAAUAGACAGAGUGAUUGGACAAUCCCGCCAGCCCAACAUGUCCGACAGACCUAACAUGCCCUACACUGACGCUGUCAUCCAUGAGAUCCAGAGGAUGGGAAACAUUGUGCCGCUCAAUGGACCCAGAAUGGCCAACAGGGACACAACACUGGGCGGAUACUUCAUACCCAAGGGAACGUCCCUGAUGCCCGUCCUGACCACAGUGUUGUUCGAUAAGACAGAGUGGGAAACACCAGACACUUUUAACCCAGGACACUUUCUGGAGAACGACGGCAAGUUUGUAAGGAGGGAAGCUUUCUUGCCCUUCUCUGCAGGUAAACGUGCGUGUCUAGGGGAGGGUCUAGCAAGGAUGGAGCUCUUCCUGUUCUUCAUCGGUUUGUUUCAGAAGUUCAGUUUUUCCACUGUGGAGGGGGUGGAGCUCAGUUUGGAAGGAACAGUGGGAGCAACAUUGACACCCCUCCCUUUCAAGAUCUGUGUUAAGGCUCGUUAGAACUCAUUUCAGAUCUACCACAGCACACAUUAGAACCCUAUUUAAGAUCUAGAACAAGGCUUGUUAGAACAUCUUUAAACUCUACGUAAACACUUGAUUGAACACUUCAUGUUAAAAAAUUUGUAACUGUAUUGUCAUUAGUUAUUCUGUAUUAUAAUGUGCCUUUUGCAAGGUCAAGUCUUUGAAUGUAUGAAUUUAUAACCCUUCGGGUAAGACAAAUAGAAAUACAUUUCCCAGAACAAUCAUGUAAAAUGUAUACCUAUUAACCUUUUUAUAAACACUCUAAACAACUCUUAAUGUUUCCAUAUUCCCAUAAUCAACAAAAGCAGCCACAGCAACAGCAGUCUUAAUUCAUUUAAGGAUGUAACAAUAAAAUUAUUGGAAAUUUGAUACAAUACCAAUGAAAUUUCACAAUUUCUUGAUAGCUACUUCAAUACCAGGGCAAAAAAGUUUCAUAAAACAAGAGUAUCUUCUGUACUAACAAUUACCAUUAAAGCUUCUUUAAGGAACAUUGUUCAGUGCUUAGAAAAACUGUCUGAAAUGAAUCCCAUUUGUUGUAAAUAAAAAUGUAAUCCCUUUUGUUGUACAUUCACUUGAGGAUCAGUGUAUUAUCCUCACAAAGAGAAGGUGUUGGAGUAUUGAAUACAAGUGAGCAUUUUGGGGGGCAUUGGGUUUAAACAAAGCUUCUUUCUGGUCAGAGAAAAUAAAGACUUA